UAUCCACCCUGUAGCUGCUUGUUUGUGUCUUUAGUUCAGAGAGAUGGAAGGACGGAGUUCUGUGGAGACUUGGGCAGAAUUUGGAUUCUUGGGAAAAUCAGGUUCACCGAAGGUUAAGUGUGGUUUCGGGACGAAUAUGUUCAUCAGCACUGGAAGCAACGAGGUGUACGUUUACAGUACUGAUGAGAAAAAACUCAAGGCAAUCCUCCAGUUUCCUGGCUCUGUGACUGAUUUGGUUGAGAGCUGUGAUGCUCAGCUGUUUGUGGCAUGCAGGAGGGGGGUCUAUGGUUUCAACUUACAGUUAUUGUCACACCGGCAUCAGAGCUCCUCAGUUGCAGCAUCCUCCAGCCCAGAUGAGAUCGACAUCUCCUCUGAGUUCCUUGUUGCUGGUGCAGAUGGAGUGUCGUCCCUGCUCCUCGUUGGCUCUGUGCUCCUGACCCUUUCCCAGAGUGGAGCAUCCUGGCUGUUGACCUUGUAUAAAAGACCAGAACAAACCCUUCCAUCCUCUUAUGAGGUGAUUGGUUCAUUCUGCCUGCCGCUGGUCUCACCUGUCAUACAAGGUGAUGCAGGACAAACAACAAAGUCUGUGCUGAAUUGCAUCCAUUAUGAUGACGGUACACCCUCUUCGUCCUCCCUCGGUGGAACAGACACACGUUCUUCUCGCGUUUGUCUCGAGCCAGUUCUCUUUAAACUUUUGUUUGGGGUUGAGGCUGCUCUCGCCAAAUCACCGGUUAUUCUUUGCGGCCUGCCAGAUGGACGCUUGUGCUUCCUUCCCUUGCGUCUCCCAGGAUCACAACUUCGGGUUCUCCAUAGCCUUGAGCAGCCGGUCGUGUUAGUUGGGGCAUCAGUUGUCAUGGAAACAGAUCCAAGACAUGCACGGUGCUUGGUGGUUGUGGGUGAACAAGGCAGAGUGGUGCUGAUCAGGACGGACAAAGCCGAUCCAGAAAGAGGAGGCAGCGUCGCUGGUUUUACUGAGGUGUGUGUGUCUGGACCUGUGGAGUGUGGCUGUGUGGAUCAGAGCUGCCUCUACUACAGCACUGGAUCAGACCUCCUGAUGCUGGAUCUGUCAGAGCGAUCAGCUGGAAGAGAGGACAAUGAAAGGAGUGAAGAGGGGGCACGCCAAAACCCCACCAGUUUAAAUGUGUGCAGGGUCAUCGCUUUAAACGAGCCAACACGCUGCGCUGCAGGUGAAGUUCAGCUGCUUGGACUGUCGGCCAGAGGGCAGCUCCAGAGCAUCAGGCUGCCUUUGAGGGGACAGGAAGUAGGACCGUCCAAACCUCUCUCCUCGCAGGUUAGUCGGAGCGUCAGGGACCUGCUGUCGGCCAUUGGAGAUGUUUGUGAAAGAGCUUCAGUGCUGAAAACAGUCAUCAAGUCCAAAAAUCUAAGUCUGAGGCAGCUGAAUCAGGUUGUAAACAUCAGCUUCCUGCUGACAGCUCGUGGGAAGACUAGAGAGCCACCAACUGAAGAGAAGUCGAUCAGAUGCCACUCCACAGUGAGUUGGAGCAGAUCUCUCCAGAAAGACUGUUUAAAUCUGACGUGUGUCCUGGAGAACUCAAGUGGGUAUGUCCUGGAGCGAGGCUGGACUCUGAGCAUCUCCGUCCAUCCUCUGUCCGGUCCAGGGGAGGAAACCUCCUCUGUUAACUUCUCAUUCCCGUUCCAUAGUCUCUGUCCCGGGGAGACGUUAGAAGUCUCGCUGCCCGUAGCAGCUGCAGGCGACACUUCUUUCCCUCUGACGCUAAACUGCUCUCUCAUCUUUUCACUCUCUAGUUUCCUAGCAGAGGUGGACUUGGCUAGCUUCCCAGACUUACAGGACAGUUGCUUCAGUUUGCCAUUAAACACGUUAACAGUGGACUGGCUGCAUGCUUUGCAAGUGGUCCGUCCUAAAGAGACAGUCACACUUCAGUCCAGCACCAUGGACGCCCUCCAGGCUUUUCUAAGCUCACAUCAGCUCAGGUGCAGUAGGGGAGGUGGAGCUUCAAACCCAGAGGAAUAUUCUGUAUGCGUACGCGUGUCAUCGGAGUUUCUGAGGAACACGUUGAUGUUAAAGAACUCCAUCCAGCAGCCAGAGUCGGCUUCUCCAAACAUCUGCUCCUCUCUGCUUGGCUGGCUGCUGUUUGGAGAUCAUGAAGGUGUGAAAUCGGGACACCAAGGAGAAGGGAUGGACUCAAACAGUUUGGUCCUCCACGCUCGUGCACCGAGUGUCUCCACGGUUAAAAUCACAGCAAAAGAGGUGAGUGCGGAGGAAGCGAACACUGGGAGAGGCGAAAGCUGCCAGGUCAUCGUGGAGAUCCAGAUAGAAAGCUCGUCCAUCACAGCUGUGUGUGGCCUGCAUCACGCCGUGCUGCACAGGAUGCAGACUCUGUUGAAGAAGACUCCUGAUGAAGCUGCACCCUCCACACAAGUCCAGACUUCAGGUUUGAGACGAGCGCUGCAGCGGGCCGAGGUCUUACACACUCAGAUCUCCGAGGCCCUGAGUGUGGGUCUGUCCUCUGGGCAAACAAACCCGUUCCUUCUCAGAGUUUACCAAGAACUCAGAGAAAAUCCGCUCCUCAUCAUCUAACACCCACACAGCUGCCCCCAGCCCGGAGCCCCGACUCAGCAUCUGCAUAAUAACGAGUUCCUAAUCACCCACACUGUAAAUCCACUGUUAUGUAAAACGUGUAAAUAUCAGCUACAGUUUUAAUCCAGCUCCUUUACCAAUGUGUAAAAAGCAGUCAUUUGAUUAUUUUAAGAGGCAACAAGUGUCAAGAUUGCCUUGUUUUUGUAGAUUCUGUCUUGUUUAUGUUUGUUAUUAGGAGACUUUUUAUUCCCUGUGUUAUUCUACACUAAAGUUUAGCCACAUAACUGUGUUCAGAUGAAACUGACUCUGUAAUCCAGCAUAUGGAUAUAACUAAUAAAAACAGAUGCUUGCUUCAUAAACAGAUUUUAUUUCAUAUAUAGUGUUUGUCACUGUCCUGAUCGCUGUUGUUUUAAAAUAUUUAAACUCA